AAAACAACGCGGAGUUUUUGGAGAAGUGAAUGAAAAAUGAAGCUAGUGAGUGCGGCUAGUGGUCAGGUCGGUCUGAAGGAAGAGCCCGUUCACUCAUAGAUUGCAAUGCAGUUGUCUGUAAUACUGGCGACUAUUUGUUGCAGUCAUAUUAAAGCAAGCUGCAUCUACAAGCAAACAGCACAGUGUUUUAGUUAGCUCAUUUGCAUUAGAGAGACUGCAGCCGAGCAGCAUAGCUAGGUGCUGAAAACUCCUGUAGGUAGCUGUAAAUUAAUUGUCAACAGAUUAUUUGUUUUUGCUAAAUUAAAAGCAGUUUAAACGGAUUACUCAAUCUACUUCGUUAUUUACAUACUAAUGGUUAUCCCAGACCCAGUUUAUCCUCUACAUGGGUUUUGAGGAAUUAACGUUAAUCUUUUCGAAUUUACCUACGACGAUGGUAAUUAACAUUUCGUAAGUAGCAUUUAGCUAACUAGCUUCAUCGUACAAUGAGCCAUACAUCCUUCAGCAAAAUAGUUAGCCGCAUACAAACGAAUGAGUACAAUACCUAAAUCGUCCAGAAGGUGGCUCUCUAGUGUUACUAUUCAUAUAAAAUAUAUUUGUAUAUAAAUUAAUAAGCGAUUCCUCUAUUAACCUGGUGAAAAUUAUCUCAAGCUAGUAAUACCACAUCUUACCAGGCAACACAAAUAUUGAAGCAUAUUUUAAACAAUAGGUAGGUGAUCUCGAUUUUACUAAAACUAGUGGUCACAGUUUGAAUGCCUUAUUGUCCCUUGUGAUUCAAAUUGUUGUCAACACACAAUGACCUCUUUGGUGGCAUAUGAGGACUCUGACCAAGAGGAUGAUCCCCCAAAUGAGGAAGGGACUGACCAAGGAAAUGCCAAGAGUGACAGUGUGGCAGGCCUUUCUGGAGGAGCACAGAAACAAUUUGGACUGAGCCUCAGCAGUCAAAACAGGCCACUUUUCAAUCCACAUGAUAGAGGCUUUGAAGUGGUACAAUUCAGUGAUAUGACAGCCUCGGGACAUUUCAGUGAGUUUAUAUCUCAGCCUUGGACUCAAAACAGCACUAGCUUUGAAAGGCCAGCAAUCAGGAACUCUGAUUGUGCUAUUUCUGUGAAGAGGCCUCAGCCUUCCAUGGCAGUGGUGAAACCUUAUAUUCCCAAGCGACAGAGGCUGUCGCAGCUUGGGGGAAAUGAUGUGCCCGAGUCUCCCCAAGCGGCCACCGUUUCUCCAGACCAGGGUGCGAAUUCCAAGUUGCUGAUGGAGGUGUCGGACAGCGUGCGCCCAUACCUGGAGAUGCGGUGCAGCGGGGCGGAGCUACCCAGGCGCGUGCGGCUACGCAUCCAGGCGCACCAGGGUCCGGUGAACGCAAUCCACUGGUGUCCAGUGCCCCACCUCAGCCACCUACUCUUGUCUGCUUCGAUGGAUGGUACAGCCAAGGUCUGGGACGGUGCCGGCAGUGGGCGCUGCCUGAGGACGUGCUCCUCCCACAGUGGGGCAGUGAGGGAUGCCUGCUGGAGUCAGUGUGGGCGGCGAUUACUCACCGGCUCUUUCGACCACAAGGUGCACUUGACUGAUGUGGAAACCGGUCAGAAAGUGGUUGCCGUGAAUAACCAGUGCAAGGUGACCUGCCUGGCCCUGCAGCCUAGUGACCCCCAUGUCUUCCUGUGCGGAGGGUUCAGCCCAGAAGUCAAAGCCUGGGACACCAGGACCUGCAAGGUGGUGAGGGUGUACCAGGCAGCUAUCCAACAGACCCUGGACAUCCUGUUCUUGGCAGCAGGGAAGGAGUUUGUGACCAGCAGUGACUCUGUGAGCCGGGACUCUGCCGAACGCACACUCAUUGCCUGGGACUUCCACACAUCUGCCAAGGUGUCCAACCAGAUCUUCCAUGAGCGCUACACGUGCCCCAGCCUGGCCCUUCACCCCCAGCAGGACCUGUUUGUGGCACAGACCAAUGGAAACUACAUUGCCCUGUUUUCAGCCCAGAGACCCUACAAGAUGAACAAGAGGAAGCGCUAUGAAGGACACAAGGUGGAGGGGUACGCGGUGGGGUGCCAGUUCUCUGCGGACGGCUCGGUCCUGGCCUCGGGGAGCUCCAGCGGCUCCCUCCACUUCUACGAGCACCAGAGCGCCCGGGCGCUGCAGACCCUUCCGGCACACCAGCAGGCCUGCGUGGGCGUGGGCCUUCACCCCGUCCUGCCCGCCGUGGCGGCCACCUGCGACUGGAGCGGGGAGGUCAGUGUCUGGCACUGAUGGAUGGGAGGGGUGUAGGUUGUAAAUGGACUGCAUUUAUAUGCGCUUUACAAUCGAUGCGUCUCAUUCACCCAAACUGGCUCCCAAAGGCACCAACCAGCUCAAUGGGAGCAAUAGGUGUCUUGCUCAGGGAUACUCCGACCCAGGGCGGGGGACCGACCCCUCGAACCGACUGCCAGACUACCGCUCUUGCCUCCCGAUCCAAUUUCGCCCUGUGUCAGACACCUGGUGGAGACAAACGCACACCUCCAGACACUUGCUGCUCUUUGACACACUGUUCAAAAUAAUUCCCUCUCGCACACACACACAUUUCUCACAUAGCCACAGAUAAACAGACUCUCUUCUGGCAAACCGGGUAAUUCACAUACUGUCACAUCCACUAAAAACCUGCUAUGAUUCUCCUGGAAGAUUCAGUUUUAGUUUACCGCCACUGCAUUUUUUUGUCAACUUUCUGAUGUAAAUAAAUCAUGACA